AUGUUUAGAGAAAGAACUACAUCUUAUUUACGACAUUUACAUUUGGUUGUGCAUUCAGAACAAAAAAGAUUACGUUUUCCGGUUUAUGUCAUUCAACCGGAAGAAUCUUUCCCUCGACCACAACAAUUGGAACCUUCUUAUGAAACAAAAGCAAAUUUAUUUCGUACCUAUUUACAAACGGUAACAAUUUAUUAUCAAUAUUCAAUUGAAAGAAGACAAAUAAAAUAUUUUUCUUUUGUUCACUCUGUUCCAGUUUUGAGCUUUUCAAUUGUCGUUGGAUUUCAAAAAUCUUUCAAUCUUCAUUAUCGUAUUCUGGUUUUAUUCUUAAUAUUAUGUCUUAUCGCUGCUAUUGCUUUACUUUCUUCUCUUUUAAUUCACAACACAAAUAUUAAACAAUGUCCAAUUUAUGAUUGUUCAUGGAUGAAUACAACUAUAGAUUCAACAAUAGAAAGCACAACAACAUCAUAUAACUUUAAUAUAACUAAUGAAAUAUCAUUUGUACCUAAUUGGAAUACAUCAUUAAGUUCGAUAAUAACAUCCACAAGUACAACUACAAUAAUACUUGAUAGAAAUUUACUAUAUGGUGAUAAUUGUACUGAACAUGAACAAUGCACAUUAUCAAAAAAUUUAUUUUGUGAAUAUGAAUUUGAUUUAAAUCAAAAACAUUGUUUUUGUGAAACAACUUAUUUUUGGAAUAAAAAUACACAACAAUGUGAACCAAAAAAAGAUAUAAAUGAAGUCUGUCAGUAUGAUAAUGAAUGUCGUCUUGACCUUGGUAUUACAUGUGAUCUUAAAACAGGUGCAAAUAUACGACAUUGUCGUUGUAUGGGUGAAUAUUAUUGGUCAAAAAUAAGUAAUUGUGGAGCUUUAAAAAUUCAAGAUUUUGUACAUUGUACUGAUGAAAUCUAUAUAUCAUCAUGUUUAGUCAAAGAAAUUGAUAAUGGUAUUUAUCAUAAUGUUAAUAUUCGACAAAUUCAAGAUGAUGAAAUUGAAUUUGAUUAUUUUGUUCUUGAUUCACCGGAAAUACAAGAAAUUGAACGUAUAGAAUGUUGUUGGUCAAUAAAUAAACGUUAUUGUUUUGGUAUUGAUAGUGAAACAAAUCGAUUACUGAUUGUUAUUAUUGACAUAAAUGGUAUUGAAUCAUAUCGACGUAUAAAUCAAUCAGUUAUUGGUUUACCUAAUGUAUUAAGACAAGCUGAUAAUACAAUAGUAUGUUACAUUGAAGGUAAUGUUUCAAAUUUACUUUCUAUUACAAUUGAUCCAAAAAAUAAUGAUUUCUUAAGUGUACAUCAACGUGGUGGAAAAACUUACGGAGAACGAUCAUGUUUUAUAGCAAUUAAUCGUACAGCUUAUUGUUUUUAUCGUGACAUAGAUCGUCAUUUAACAGUUGUAGCUAUGAAUGGAACAACAACAAUACAAGAUGUUCAUAUGGAUGUUCAUCCAGAUACAAAUUUAAAAACAGGACCUUCUUGUGGUUGGGUUGGAACAAAUAUUCUUUUGAAAUUAUAUUGUUUUGCUGUAUUUAAUGAUGAAAAAAUUCAUCGAAUUGAACAAAAAGAUAAUAUUUGGAGUAAUUGGAUGAUUAUGCCAUCAGAUAAAAUAUUUAUUCAACGUCCACUUUUUGUUACUUCAAAACCACCUGAUGAUAUAAGUACAACUCAAAGUUGUCAUGUAUUAGCAAUUGAUACGAGUAAUGAGGUUUAUGUAAGUAGUAAUACAAACUGUGCUCAUCAAGAUUCAUUUUCACCAUGGUCAUUACUUCAAACCGAUGUUGGUCUGUUAUCAUUUAAUGGAUCAUUUCGUUUACGUGAUGGACGUGUUGGUGUCUAUGGAAUUGGUAUAGAUGAUUUACCAUAUUAUACAACGAUGAAUCCUGUAACACAUAAUUUUGAACCUAUUAAAUUAGCUGUAUCAUUUGAAUAG